GGGAUAGAAGUCAAACGCCGCUAGGUUUCAUGCUCAUUCCACGCACCGGAAAGUGAUUCCCAAAAAUUGACUUUCAUUUUUGGUCACAUGAAUCUCACAAGAAAACCGAUUAGCUUGUUUCUGGUGUGCUUAUAUUCUGACUUGCUGUUCUGUUGACAUACAAAGUGGAAAAGCGUCGUAAUUGAACGGUGUUAAUCGUCCUACUAUGGCCGGCCAGCUCGCUACUGUUUCUUCGUUUGUCAUCUUCCUCUUCCUCUUUUCUGCUCCAAGAUCUUCCAGUCCUUCACAUGCAGGACCAGUAACCUUUCCGAAAGGAGUUAACGGAGGAGUUUAUUGUCUUGCUUGCACGGCGGUUGUGGCACUUACAGAACAGCUGAGCGUUAUUCACAAUGAGACUUUCGUAAAAUCGUACGACCGUUUGUGCAAUAUUCUCCCUAUCUUCUAUAGGAAUGCUUGCAUCGCUUUGGGCCAGUUCUAUAUUCCACUGGUUAUCGAUCUCCUAACCGAUAAAGUGACCGCAGAUGUCAUUUGCCAUGGGACCCAUUUGUGUUACGAGGACGUAGGUCAGCCAUUUUGCCAUGCUUUCCCACCAAGGGGUGAUUUCCAAGAGAAAAUUGUUCGUUCAAGAGAAAGAGUAUCUGCGAAAUUGUUCCAGGGAAGUGCUAGUAAAUCUAAAGGCCCGGCAGCUUUCGAUCCCUGUGCUCUCGCAGGUGUACAAGAGCUUUGUAAACUGUUUAAGCGUGUUUUCACUAAUGAUUUGCCACUUUUUGAUUGGGAUAAUGACACUUAUAGUCCAUCAGUCGAGUCAUGGCGAGGAACAUCUUGGAGGGGUCGAGACUGUGGUGAUAGUAAUGCUCUUCAUCAUCCUGGGGCGAAACCAGAGGAUGGCGAUGUAGUUUCUGACUCAAACUGUAAUGGUAUUCAUGGCACAGAUUCUAUUACUGGCAAGUCACUCGAGGACAUGUUCUGCAAAGGUUGGUAGUUUUAUAGCUACUUACAUGAAAACAGGGCCACUUUUUGUGGCCUAUUGUAGAAAAGGUCUGUAGUAAUGAAAGUCUGCAGUUUGCGAGGUGAUAAUCUCUAAUCAGUGGCAAUAUUUGACUUCCUCAUUGCAUCUAUUAAUUUCUGAACAGAAAAUGUUGAGCCAUAAAGUACUUGCUAUAUUCCUUGGGUGAAAUACCAGAAUAUGCACAACCCAUGACUAGUCCUGAUCUUAGCAGUUAUUGAAUUUGUGUCACUUUCUGUUUUGCUUCUUGUACCCAUGUGAACCCUAGCCUGCGUAGCUGCAAGAUUGUUAUGGCUGGGGUACACACGAAGGGAGCGGUAAGGGAAAAUCCUACCUGCCACAUUUCUUGUAGGUUUUGAAUGCUGCCCACUUUUGUCUCCUUGGCUGAAACUAUAAAAUUAGCCAAUCAAGGAGAGCAGCGUAGUACGAAAAUGAAAGUGGGCAAAUAUUAUGUAUACAUGUGCAAAAGGUGAGAAUGCAACAUCCAGCAAACAAGCUGUUAAGCACAGGAAGACAAAACAUAGAAGGGAAUGUCACACUCACACACAAAACAGCUACUGUACAUACAUAGCAAGUUAUUGAGCUUCCGGACACUUUGGAGAAGACUAAUGAAACUAAAAGCAAAUGGGCCAUUUAACUGGUCAUUUAAAUCCUAAACUGCUUCAGAAUUCAAAUUCUGUCAGAAACAGAAACCACAGGAAACCAGUACACAGGAAACAAAUCAGAAUCCUCCACAGCCUAAUCCACUGGUCUGCUUUUCUUAGGUGCAAGUUUUCUAUACAUCUUAAAUAGCUCUCUUGAGGACAGAGGUUGAGCAUGGAUGGAUUGUACUGCUUGAGAGGGGGCAAUACUGUUUGAUGCUCAUUACCUCUGUGUUGUAGUCUUGAAAGCCAAUUUCCUGUCGGAAAAAAUUAUUAUUGUUAGUGUUUUUGAAUAAAGGAUAGCGGACUAAGCUUUGUCUCAAAUCUUAAGGUGUUUUUCCCUCAAAAAUGUCUUAAGAUGAGUUCAUUCACCUCAAAUUUCAGAUUUUCAUUUUGCAAACUACAGAUAUUAAUUACAUUUCAUUUUGCAUGAGAUUUUGUUAUAUAAUUACUGUUUGGCCUAUUGAAUAUAACCCUUAUAAUACUCUGGCUGCCAACAGGCUGGCCUUCAAGUCUGGGUUUGAACUGCCAAUGUUUACUUGUCUAGUUCUUAUAUCUUUUCAGAUACAGGAUAUCUUGGUGUGAUUGUUCUUGGUGAUUCAGCGGCAGCACACUUUCAUAUUCCACCUGAGUGGCUAACUGCACGAUUGAUUUCAGAUAAAGUCUUUAAAAAUGUGGCCUUCAUAGUAGAAAAUGAAUUUGACUGGCCUCAGAUGUCUCUUUAUUCUGGCUACUUAAGGAGAUCAAGGUAUACUUUCAGGAACAGUAUUUUUAGUCCAAAGUUGAAAGACAAAGCCUGAAUUAAGACUUUAACAAGUUUAUAAUGUGCAACUAAUUAAGUUUCUGUCAACUCAUCCGCCUGGUUUCUUAGCACAUCUAUAAAAUUCAGCACCAAAGAUAUACCUUUUCAGCCCCAUACACAAAUUUCUAGAAACAAAAAAACAUUUAGCAAUAGAAAGUGAAAUUAAGUGGAAUUUUUAUACUGAAUCAUGACAAUUCGAGUAUGGUUUGAAAGAUCUCUUUUGUCAUUGUCUUUCUUUGUUUUGUUUUUAUUUUAAUGAAAAUAUCUUUUACCCCUGUACAAGUCAGUUGUCAAAGCUGUCAAUGAACUGAGAAUGUUGAUGUCUUCAGAAGUGGUAUGGAAGGGGUGGUGGUACCCCCUAUGAUGGCUCAUACAGGUUCCAUAUGAAAGGGGUACCUUUUUCAGCCUUGGUAAAUGGAAGGGUAGGGUUUCUCCAGUUGAAGGAUAUGAAAGGGUAGGAAAAUCUAUCAUGAUUUCGGUCUUUAAAAAUGCCCAAAAGGCUUGACAGAUGUAUCAUGUUUUAUGGCUUUGAAAAAGUUGAAAAAGCAUACUGUUUUUGUGCUGUAUUCAUAUUUUAAAGACGGCGUAUUUACAGCAGCUGCUCUGUAAAAGGGAUAAAAAAUUGUAAAGUAAGUAUUUGAGGGAGGUAUUAUUUUACGAAAGGGGUACUUUUUCCUCAGAGAGGAGCCUCCCCAUGUAAAAGUUUGUUACCGCAAGUAAACCCCCUGCAGUUCAGGUAUGAAUGGGUCAAUACAUGAAUACCGCUAUACUUUACAGGUGGCCAAUGGACAAAGGCCAUGCAAACUCUAUUUAUCUAAAGUUGUGGGAAAGAAACCAUUGUAACCAUAGAGAUUACCAAAAUCUUGGCAAGAAUGGGGCAGACUCCUUUGAGGCAAACUCUAAGCUGAUCAAGAGCAUGGCACGAGACCAGAAGCUUGACCAACCCGCCCUGGUUUUCUACUCCCUUAUUGGAAAUGACGUCUGCCAUGGUGGUCAUGAUCUUCAUAAAAUGACAACCCCUGAGGAGAUGCAUAAUAAUGUGAUGGAAACACUUCAAAGUUUGGACAAACGCCUUCCAAAUGGGAGUCAUGUUAUUAUCAUUGGUCUUGUCGAUGGUCGUAUUCUUUAUGAUAGUCUCCAUAAUCGUAUUCACCCCAUUGGCAAACUGCGGGGAGACGUGACCUAUGAACAGUUUUAUAACUUCAUGAACUGUUUACAGAUCUCACCCUGCUUUGGGUUCAUGAAUUCUAAUGAGACCAUUAGAAAUGAAACUAGUGAACGAUCUGCUCAGUUGAGUGCAGUAUUAAAGAAUGUGGCUGAGACAAAAAAAUUUGAGAAUUUUGACGUCUUUUUCUUUGAUUGCCCACUGGAACAAGUUAUCAAGGUAAACAGACAUAUACAAACUUCUUUUUGUUUUUUAAUGACCUGAGAUCAGGCUCAAUUUUCGUUUCGCUUUGUAAUAACAUUCCGGCGAGCAAGGCGAAACGAAAACAGAGGCCCAAUUUUAGCGGUAGCCGUUAGAGAGAAUGUAUGAGAACUGCUAAAAUUGGGCCUGAUCUCAGGUUAGUUUUUUAAAAACACUGCCUUCAAAGUGUAUACUACAGUGAUGUUGUAGUUUAAUUUUAUCCUUGUUUUAAAUUUAUUAUUCAUGUUGUUUCAAACUCAUGCUCAUAAGGAUUAUGAUCACUUACUACCAUCCAUGUACAAAUCACAUGAAAUACUUGUUUACCCCCAAACUUGGUGUAAAAACUUGUCUUCACUCUUAAAUUUCAUACUUAUAAUCCAAUUUAAGGUGUCUUUUUACUUUGCCCUUUGCCAUAUAAUAAGAAGACAAGGUCUUUGUUUAUCAGAUUAUAUUGAUUGCAAGUAUUUGUACAUGCAUAGGUGCAAUAUGACCAAUAAUCAUGAUACAUGAAUUUGUAAAAAAAAAAAAAAAAAAAAAACCAAGUUUACCAUCAUAUGAUCCAUUGAUGACAAUGUAUGCGUUACAGGUCAAAAUUAAAUUCAGGUUAAAAUUUUUUAACCUGGGUUAAUUCUCAAUUUCCUUUGUCAGCUCGCAGCCCUAAUUAUUCAUGAAUUAGGACCAGGAGACAAAGGAAAUUGAGAAUCAAAAAAUACAUACAAGUAACACACUUUUUCUCCCUUGAAGUCCUGACAAACAAUCUUGCUUUAGUUAUCUCAGUAAAUACAUAUUUAUUUUUAAUCUCUGUUAGGAAUGGAAAGCAAAAGGUGGUGAGGUUUAUGAGUUGAUUGAACAAGUUGAUGGAUUCCAUCCAAACCUGAAGGCAGAGGCACUGGCAGCAGAUGCAUUGUGGCAUACACUGGAAUCAAAAAUACCACAUGUGCUUGGCAAGAUCAACCCCUACAAUUUUUUAAUAGAGGCAGUUUUCGGUGAUCAAGGAGGUUAUUAAUGGAAGGAGGAAAGCAAGGCAUGACAGUGUCAGCAUUUUCCUGCAUAUUGAUAUGCUAAGUUGAGCCGUUCUCUUGUCACUAAUGUAUUUCCUUUUAAGAUAAAAUUUGUUGCAUGUGUACAUUUUUAAUAGUAUUUGCUUAUAGUUUUAUACACACAUCAAAUUUAGAGGUAAAAAGGUGGGGCCGAUAAAUUUUGAAUUCUCUUUCACAAGUAAGGCAACACUGAGCAAAAAAAAAACAAUAAAAAGAUGUAGGAAAUUGUGUAACAUUUUAUGUUAUAUUUAAUUUAAUUGAAUGGAACAAACGAAAGAUCACCACAGCAAAACACCAAUGAAAUAUCAGGUUAGCAUUCAGGAUGCAAAAAAACGUGAUAUCUUCCCGUGAAAAAACAUUUUUGCUGUAGUUACAUAGUAAAUCGCGGCACGUUUCGCAGCAAAAGAAUAUUAAAGUUUCUAUAAAAUAGGAAAAAGGCUCCUUGGAGAAAAUGAAAAAAUCAAUAAAAAUUGCAACAUCACAAGAUAAACAUUGCUAAGCUAAGUUCUAUUCUUGGUAGCGAUUUCCUUGGUGGCGAGGUGACUCACCGGAUACCUCGUCACUGUAUUACAUGUAUUAGGGAGCUGAACGCAACGACGAAAGAAUAUUAAAGUUUCUACAUAAUAAAAAUCAAUAAAAAUAUCAAUAAAUAUUAGGGAGCUUUUAAGCUUAAAAGCAACGACAAAAGAAUAUUAAAGUUUCUGUAUAAUAGGAAAAAGGCUUCUUGGAGAAAAUGAAAAAAUCAGUAGAAAUUGCAAUAUCACAAGAUAAACAAUGCUAAGCUAAGUUCUAUUCUUGGUGGCGAGGUGACCGGAUACCUAGCAACGACGACGGCGGCAGCUACAAAAACGUCACUUAAAAAGUAAAUUCGCGCUGCUUCAAAGUUUAUGGCGCUUAUCCCAUCUCGUUCAAUUCGUCAAAUAUUGGCGUUUUUUUAUUUAUUUUUUUCUGGAGUUGAAUUCUAAAAGACUAUAUCGAAGUUCAGGAAAAGAAAGAGAAAGUCGUUGUCUUGUGUUUUCGUCCUCCACAAAACGAGAAUUUAGGUAUUUUCACGUCGUAGUCGUGCAAUGACGGUAAAGAAAUGUACAAAAAAGGGUGAUGCUCGUGCAGAGUUGUUGUUUUGCCAAUCUAAGCCUAUUGCUUUUUUGCCGUUCUCGUUACGUAUUACAAGCUCCCUAAUUGAAGGAAUUCUUUGAGAAGUUCCUCACAAACGAAUUUUCAUGAAAAUAAUUGCCCUAGACCAUUUUUAUCGGAAUAUUUGUAUAGUUUGUUUGCAGGAAACUUGGUAAUAAAUUAGGUCCUUGAAAUUUAAAGAUGUGGACAGUCGACCUUGAAAAGUUCUUGAAUUUUACGUCGGAAGAAGCGUACAAACCCUGUAAAAUAUUCUAAAAAUUUCGCAAAUUUCAGCGUCGAUAUUCUCCUGUCUCCAAGUGUUGCUUUUGGUUUAACAAAGUAUAAAGUUCAUCUGAAUGUCACUUUUUUUUAUCCAGAAAUGCCGGAUUUACUAUGAAUUGAUACAAACACCUUAGAAGUCUAAUAGUUAUCGACUAGAGUGU